AUGGAAGUCUGUCACUUGCGAGACAUGCCGCAAGCGCAAGGUCAAGUACGAACCGAAGGGAGCAUGAUCUACGGUCCUGGACUGUCUCGCCCCAGAGACGGAAAUAUUGGGCUCGACCCCAAGGUUCCUAUUAGCAGCCUUCGACUGGAAGGAAGCAUUCCCAGUGCGGAGCUAUUCCGCGCGUUCAUGUCCGAGUACCUCCCCACGGAGAUCAAUCAAGAGCGACCAGCCGUGGACGGCGUCACGUCCCUCUCGUGGCUGGAGUCUCUUUCGAGGAAUUCGAAGCGAGGGCCUCUCUUGAACAUGGCCUUGGAGGCAUUAAGCUUGUCUUUUAUUGGUCGAAAGAGAGGGAAAGCGGAGCUCGAGGACAGGGAAAUGCGUACUUUAGCUCGGCUUGCUCGUGUGUCCACGGCAGAGCACUCUCAAGUGGUCGAUAUUCUCGGUGCUGCUACCGUAUUGGCAAUUUACCAGCUGUAUAAUUGUGAACGAGGCAGAUUUGACUCCUGGAUUGUGCACGCUCAAGCAGCGUGGAAGCUUCUUGAAGAGCAAGGCCCCGAGGCGCGCAUCGACCGAAGCCUCUUGUGUCGGAUUCGCACAUGUGCUCUGUAUGAUGCCUGUGGAAGGCGAGAGUCGACGUUCCUUGCCCGCCCAGAAUGGCGCCGUCGUGUAUCCAAGGGCAGACCCUUUGAGCAUCUCCUGGACAUUAUGCUCGAUGUCCCGUGCAUUCAAGAGCUCUCAGACAAGAUUGUCUGCGGAAACUACGGCUCCUCGCAACGUCAACAUUUGAAGGGCAAAUUCAUAGAUCGGUUCCUCGAGACCGAAGCACGAUUACAACAAUGCUACACGGAUUUCCUGUCUAAACAGGAGGCAUGUCCGUUCCCGAACUACCCGAUAGCCAUGACGGACAUUCAUCUUCUGCAAGGCUCGCCCGAUCUCAUAAGUCUCUUCCAAAGGGCAAUCAACUUCCCGGGCCGCAAUACGGCACAGUUCCUUCUGCUAUCGUGGACCGGAUUCGUUAUCAUCUACAGUGAAAUGUCUACCGUGAUGAGACAAACGAAUUUCAGCCUUGCCAGGGAAGAUGCCCUCUUGCCGGAUGGCUCAUAUGGAGUAUCGCGCACGUGGUUCGUCAACGAAUGCAACUUCGUCUUUCAGCAAUGGGAACAUAGCCCACGAACAUGCCCGGAUUUCGAAAAGGCAGCGGGCGUGUUCGCGAACCGUAUUUGCGAGUCGGUCGCUCUCUGCGACAAAGGCACUCAUGGCUUAGCUAUGAGGCAGCCGCUUUUGCCUGCUUUAUGGGUUGCAACGCAAUUUUUCAAGGACCGGUCUCUUCCUCGGUACCGCUGGUGCCAGAUUGUCCUGGAGAGCUUUGCUCAGAAAGGUAUGAACUAUGCGUCGGAGAUGGCCUGGAACUCCUAUAAUGGCUACUGCGAGGCCUCGAAUAUAUUGAAUAAGAAUCUGAGUAUGCUGAAGGAAGGAAGUCUCUCACCAAUGGAGAUGUGA